AUGGUCGAGGACGAUGCAAGAACAGUAGCGCUCAGCGGCCUAAGUCUUGCCAUUUUUGUCGUUUCUCUUGUCUGCCUUGGCCUGUCCCUUCUUUCCGUUGGCCUGCGAACAUAUAUCAGAGUCUUCGACAAUGUCUUCGGCUUGGACGAUGGACUGAUACUUGCUGGCGUAAUUAUUUACACUGUCGAUGUUUCGCUCGCAUGCUAUGGCACCACUGUGGGGCUCGGUACGAGAGACGAAGACCUGAAUAUGUGGUUAUCGGUGGAGGGAAAGAAAUAUCUGAUGCUGUGGAUGAUGGUGUAUGUGAUUGGUCUGGCGACGAUAAAAAGUUCGAUCUGUGUCACGCUAUUUCGUGUGGCCGCCGCGAACAAGGCGUUCAAGAUCGCCAUCUACGUUCUCCUGGCCUUGACCAUUGCUACAUUUAUUGUCACCAUUGUGGGCAUACUUCUACUUUGCAAGCCAGUCUCAGCAAACUGGGACGGGCAAGGAAAAUGCGCAGGCAUGGGCUCGAUGGUAGCGCUUUCCUAUACCUCGACGGCCGCCACCAUCGUUACCGACCUGUCACUCGCUAUCCUCCCAGGUAUCAUGGUAAUGGGAACCCCAAUGAAACUGAUUCAAAAGCUGUCGGUGGUUGGUCUAUUAUCAUUCGGAUCAGUGGCCUCUCUGACCACUAUGGCGAGAGCACCAUUCAUUCAACACUAUUGGACACCGCUCGACAACUUGAACUACUGGACAGGUUUCAUUGUCCUCCUCUCGAAUUGUGAAAGUGCUAUCGGCCUCAUUGCUUCGAGCAUCCCUUCGAUCAAUAAGUUCAUUUACCGGAAAACAAAACUUGCUCAUAAACCCCCACAGGGAAUCAAGCCUGUCCGAAAAUCACUGGUCACCUUCGGGAGCGCACCAGUUCGACCCAAGGGAUCCGGUAAGAGGUUCCUGAAUCCGACAGAUCAGGGGACGAGUUUCGCAAGCGUCCAUACGGGCGACUGGGCCCGGCUUCAAGAUCAGGAGUCGGAUACCUCCAGAGACGAGAUUAGUGGAAUACGUGCUGAGUACACGUACCAAGUGGAAUUGUCGAAAAUCGACACGAAGACACGAAGUGAAAAUCGAUACGAAGUGAGAGAAUGA